AAGGGUUUGGUAACGGACCGUACCGGUGAUGGGCGCGGGGUGAGUAGAGGGCGCUGGAGACCGUAGGCUGUCUUGGAUUGCUUGUUGGAGCUGCAGGAGAAGGGGUCGGCGGCGGGGAACAACGCGGGGCCGACGCCCGGCCUUUCCGCCGCCGAGGUGGCCGCCCCGCGCCGUCUCUGCGGCGCCAGUUCCGGGCCACUGCCUUCGUUCUCCCUUCGCUCUGCCGCGCCAGAGCUCCGCACAAGCACCACGAUGUCGGCCCCUUACCCAGGCCCCCUUCGCCUCCUCUUCCCAUAAGAGACUUCCAGAUCUUAAAGACUUUUGACUGAUUUUAAGCAUUUCUCUAUCUAUAGCUAUCUGUUUACAUUCUGACUGGGAACACUGGGAUCACUUUCAUCAUGCCUACGGUGGUGGUAAUGGACGUAUCCCUUUCCAUGACCCGACCUGUGUCUAUCGAGGGGUCCGAGGAAUAUCAGCGCAAGCACCUGGCAGCCCAUGGUUUGACAAUGCUGUUUGAACACAUGGCCACAAAUUACAAGCUUGAGUUUACAGCCCUGGUGGUUUUUUCAUCACUCUGGGAAUUGAUGGUUCCCUUCACAAGAGAUUAUAACACCCUACAGGAAGCACUAAGUAAUAUGGAUGAUUAUGAUAAAACCUGCUUGGAGUCUGCAUUAGUUGGUGUUUGCAAUAUCGUUCAGCAAGAAUGGGGUGGUGCAAUUCCUUGUCAGGUUGUUCUGGUGACAGAUGGCUGUCUUGGCAUUGGUAGAGGGUCACUGCGGCACUCCCUAGCUACUCACAGCCAACGCAGUGAGAGCAACAGGUUCCCACUACCUUUUCCUUUCCCAUCUAAGUUAUACAUCAUGUGCAUGGCAAAUCUGGAGGAGCUUCAGAGCACUGAUUCCUUGGAUUGCCUUGAACGUCUUAUAGAUUUAAACAAUGGUGAAGGGCAGAUUUUUACUAUUGAUGGCCCCCUGUGCUUGAAAAAUGUACAGUCUAUGUUUGGAAAACUGAUAGAUCUGGCAUAUACACCUUUCCAUGCUGUUCUCAAGUGUGGCCACCUAACCGCUGAUGUGCAAGUCUUCCCCAGGCCAGAACCUUUUGUUGUAGACGAGGAAAUCGAUCCUAUCCCUAAAGUCAUUAACACAGAUUUGGAAAUAGUGGGAUUUAUUGAUAUAGCUGAUAUUUCAAGUCCCCCUGUUCUGUCCAGACAUUUGGUUCUACCUAUAGCACUUAACAAAGAAGGUGAUGAGGUGGGUACUGGUAUAACGGAUGACAACGAAGAUGAAAAUUCAGCCAAUCAGAUUGCAGGCAAAAUACCCAACUUUUGUGUCCUGCUCCAUGGCAGCCUAAAAGUGGAAGGAAUGGUGGCGAUAGUUCAAUUAGGUCCUGAAUGGCACGGAAUGCUCUACUCCCAAGCUGACAGCAAGAAGAAAUCAAACCUCAUGAUGUCUCUCUUUGAGCCUGGCCCAGAACCUCUCCCAUGGCUAGGGAAAAUGGCACAGUUGGGUCCUAUUUCAGAUGCUAAAGAAAACCCUUAUGGUGAGGAUGAUAAUAAGAGCCCAUUCCCCCUGCAGCCCAAAAACAAACGCAGUUAUGCCCAGAAUGUGACCGUGUGGAUCAAACCCAGUGGCCUGCAGACAGAUGUACAGAAGAUUUUAAGAAAUGCAAGGAAACUACCUGAAAAAACACAGACAUUCUAUAAGGAGCUGAACCGUUUACGAAAGGCUGCCUUGGCCUUUGGUUUCCUGGACCUGCUCAAAGGGGUGGCUGACAUGCUAGAAAGGGAGUGCACGCUGCUGCCUGACACAGCUCACCCCGAUGCUGCGUUCCAGCUGACUCACGCCGCCCAGCAACUCAAGCUGGCCAGUACUGGCACCUCUGAGUACGCUGGGUACGACCACAACAUCACACCUUUGCAGACAGACUUCUCUGGGAGCAGCGCUGAAAGAAUGUGAAGCUGACUUCAUUCUUUUUUCAAGUGAAAAUAAUUUAGGAUAAAAACUUUUCUGGUCUGUUCACCUCUGCAGCAGCUACCCGAAGACCUUCUCAAGGCUGCCUCAGAAGCACCACUUGCAGGUUUGACUCUGCUACUCUGAGAAGGGUUCUGCAGGGUGGGCAGCUGCUCGGGCUUUGACCUUAGCUUUCUGGAGCUCAGUCUUUAAAACCAAAAGACAACUGUUGCUCCCACAAUGGGCACCUCUCCUGAGAAGCCUGAAGGACUGACAAGCGUAGAGCCCACUCCACCUUCCUCGGGCACCCUAACAACCUGGGUUCUCUGUUCCUGAAAUGCCCUUUACUCUUCUCCUCUCCCAACCACAGGGACAUUUUCAGGUACCUAAGAUUGGGAGAGGAGACUUGCUAAGUACAAGCCCAACAUCACUAAGUUUCAGAAUUUCCUUAGAACUUGGGCAAAAGGUCGGUGGUAACCCUUAGGUGCUUUUGGCAUAUCUUGAGAUACAAACUUUUAGACAGCAACCAUAAAUGUAUAAAAUGAUUCUUGUUUUUUCAAAUUUUUUUUAAUGAAA